AUGCAAGAUUUAGAAGAAAAAAUUAAUAAAAUAACAAAAGAAAUACAAAAUGAAACGGAUGAACAAAAUAAAAAGAAAUUAGAAGAGGAUAAAGAUUUUUUUAUUAAACUUAGUUUACUGUUUUAUUAUUAUGUGGUCUUGGUGAACAACUCCGAACUCAAAGAGAAUUUUCCAUUACAAGCUUUAGGUGAAGAAUUUUCUGAAGAAUCAUAUGGUCAACUCUUUGGUUACAUAUUCUUACUCCAACAUACACAUGGUGUAUCAAAUAUCUUUGGUAUUAUAAGCUGCUACUUUAAAACUAGAAUUGCAUGGUUGGGUGGUAACAAACUCGUUGAAACUGAAAAAGUUGAAGAAUUGUCACCUAUAUCCAUAUCAAAAUUAUAUUCACCAUUCGUUCAGCAAAUUCAAGUUCCAAUAAAACUUUUUUUGGGUGAUCACCCAAAAAAGGAUAGGGUUUCACACCAACUUGAUCAAACCAAAGAGAUUAAGAGAUUCUUAUUUGUAUCACCAGAAAUCACUCACACUGACCGUACCUCAAAUGAUGAAUCAAAAUUGGUUAGAUCACUUUGUUCUGUUUUUAAAAAGAUGUACUAUUCCAACAUUAGCCAAAGUUUACAAUUGAAAAAUACAUUUAUGGAAUUCACUCGAAAUUCUUUUAAAUGGGUAGAGUUAAAUAAAAUUAGUUUUACUGAUGACGAUGAAAAUAAAGAUGAUGAUAAUACAGUAUCAAUAGAAUAUGUAAUUGAAGAUAUUGAAAACAAGGAAAAUUACAAAAAGAUUUAUUUAAUUUCAGAUUUAGGUUCAGGUGUAGAAGGUAAAGCAUGGUUAGCAAUUAACACUCAAGCCAAAGCAUUUGUAAUCAAGUUUUUCGACACAAAAAAACAAAAUCUUGAAAUUGAAGAAGAAAGUAAACUUUGGUAUGAUAUUUGGGGAAUCAAAACCUUGGUUUUAGAGUUUAAUAAUGAACGUUGUUUAUUGAUGCCAUAUUUUAAACCAAUUACCCCUGUUGAUUACAACAAAGAUGGUUUUAAAGAUAGAUUAAUGGAUGCUUGUAAUCAGUUUUCAAAUUCAGGCUAUUUACAUUCAGAUUUAUCAUUAAGACAUGUUGGCAAAUAUAAAUAUAAUGAUGAAGACAAUUUUAUAUUUUUUGAUUUGGGUUUAGUUGAAAUCAUUAAACAAGAUGCUGCAAAUAAAAUGUUUAAAAAUGUAACUGAUAAUAUUGAGAUAAAGAAAAAGAAGAAGAAAUUCAAAUUUUAG